AUGCCUACCUUACCAACAAGGCAGCUAGGUAAGAACGGGCCGAAGGUUUCAGCUCUGGGGUUUGGUGCGAUGGGCUUGAGUGCCUCAUAUGGCAAGGUUGGGGAGAAUCAGGAUCGAUUCGCAGUUUUGGACCGAGCACUGGAACUGGGCUCGACGUUUUGGGACACAUCUGAUGUUUAUGCGGACAGUGAAGACCUCCUAAAGCUCUGGUUCGAGCGAACCGGCAAGCGAGAUCAAAUAUUUCUUGCAACUAAAUUUGCUGUGACAAAGGACGCAGGAGGCAACCCUAUCAUUCGUAGUGACCCGAACUACGUUAAACAGGCUUGUGAGAAGAGCCUGAAGAAGUUGGGAGUGUCGAAGAUCGAUCUCUACUACUGUCAUCGCGUAGACAAGAAGACUCCUAUUGAAAAGACAAUUGCCGCGCUUGUAGAGCUGAAAAAAGAGGGCAAGAUCGGCGCCAUCGGUCUUAGUGAAGUCUCCGCAGCUACGAUACGGCGCGCAGAAAAGGUCCAUCACAUUGAUGCCGUCCAACUCGAAUAUAGUCCCUUCGCUCUCGAUAUUGAAUUACCCGAAAUUGGGAUCCUUCACACAUGCCGAGAGUUAGGUAUUACGGUCGUCGCGUACAGCCCUCUAGGCAGAGGGUUCCUGACAGGACAAAUCAAGAGCCCAUGUGACUUUGAAGAUGGAGACUUCCGAAAACAUGCCCCACGGUAUAAUGAGGAGAACUUUCCCAAGAAUUUGAAGCUGGUUGAGAAGCUGCAAGAAUUUGCAAAGGCAAAGGGAUGCACAUCUGGUCAGCUGUCUCUGGCAUGGUUACUUGCACAGGGAGAUGAUAUCAUUCCCAUUCCAGGAACGAAGAAAAUCAAAUAUCUCGACGAGAACGUAGGUGCGGUUAAUGUUUACCUAGCUCCAGAUGAGAUACAGCAAAUACGGACAGAGAUCGAGAAGGUCAAGGUGGUAGGAGACCGGUAUCCUCCUUUUUUUGCUCCCUAUUCUUUUGGCGACACCCCACCCCUCCGAUCAUAA